GUUUGGGGUAGGACGUAGCUCGCAGGAGCAGUAAUAUCGAUCUCAAUGUCAGUGUUUCAUGUGUGUCGGUUAUUGUGUCAGUGAUAAGUACUGGUCUCUAAAAAGUGAGUAGUCUGUGUCUUCAAUCAUCUGAUGACAUGGUAAAUCGUGCGAGAACGACGUUAAUUAAAUUAUUCACUUAUUACUUACACGUAGGAAAAUUAAAAUUCAAGAUUUAAUACAUAACUCACGAAGGACGAAAAAUCAAAUUUAUAAUAAUUUAAAUAUGAACAUCAAUAAUUAUUUUAUAAUAAUAAGGAACAUGAAGCGAAAAAGAUCACUAUAAGGAAAGUGUACAUAUAAAAUAUUAGAGACAUAAAAAUAUCAAAGUAUUAAAUUGAAAAUAAAAAUAAUUAGAAGAAUGGAGGACUCUUCACCACGAAUUAGAACUUAUCUGGAUUGCUGGGAUAAUGAAGAUAAAUAUUCAGUGGCAAAUAGUCAAGCACCACUUCAAGAUGGUGAAGAUGAACAUCCAGAACGUGGAACAUGGACAGGAAAAUUUGACUUUUUAUUGUCAUUACUUGGAUAUAGCGUAGGAUUAGGCAACGUUUGGCGUUUUCCUUAUUUGUGUUAUUCCAAUGGAGGUGGUGCUUUCCUUAUACCAUUUACUGUGAUGCUUAUUAUUGCUGGGCUUCCCCUCAUGUUUAUGGAACUUUCCUUAGGUCAAUAUGCAAGUUUGGGUCCUGUAGCAGCUUAUAAAAGAUUUUCACCACUCUUACGUGGGUUAGGUUAUGGAAUGGUUUUAGUUAGCUCAAUUGUUAUGCUCUAUUAUAAUCUAAUAAUUGCUUGGACUCUCUACUAUAUUUUUGCAUCCGUUAUUGGUGGUAGUAAAUUACCUUGGAGUGAUUGCGAACCAGAAUGGAGUACAGAAGACUGUAUUGAACCACUAGCAGCUGAAAAUUGUAUGAGCCAAAAUAAUUCUUACUUUAAAAAGCAAUGUCUCAAUUAUACACAAAUGAUUGCCAUGAAUCUUACUACGGAAAACAUUACCUCAGCUAUAAAACGUCCUCCUGCAGAAGAAUAUUUUGAACAUCACGUACUGGGGAUGAGCAAAGGAAUUGAAUUUACGGGUUCAAUACGACCGGCAUUGGCAGCGUGUCUAUUUUUAGCUUGGACAAUCGUUUUUUUGUGUCUUAGUAAGGGUGUUCAGAGUUCUGGAAAAGUCGUCUAUUUUACUGCACUCUUUCCAUACGUUGUUUUGAUUGCAUUAUUUAUACGUGGUGUCUUAUUACCUGGUGCCGAAGAAGGUCUUCUGUUUUACUUAACACCGAACUGGCGUAGAUUGACUUCAGCUAAAGUAUGGGGUGAUGCAGCUGUUCAAAUAUUCUUUGCCCUUAGUCCAGCUUGGGGUGGAUUAAUUACUUUAAGUUCAUACAAUAAAUUCGAUAAUAAUUGUUACAAAGACUCGCUUAUCGUUGCUAUAAGUAACAUAGCAACUUCUUUUUUUGCGGGUCUUGUUAUUUUUUCAGUAAUUGGCUUCCUGGCACACGAACUUAAUGUUCCUGUUGCUUCGGUUGUUGACCAAGGUGCUGGUUUGGCUUUCAUUGUUUAUCCGGAAGUUGUUGCUAGACUUCCUGUUGCUCCAAUUUGGUCUUUACUAUUUUUCGUAAUGUUAUUGACGUUGGGAUUAGAUUCGCAAUUUGCUUUGAUGGAAACCGUAACUACUGCAAUACUUGAUGGAAUUCCUGCAUUGAGGAAUUUUAAAAUUUGGAUUGUCCUUGGUGUUUCGAUAUUUGGAUAUAUCGGAGGAAUCAUUUUUACUACUAAUGCUGGAAUGUAUUGGUUACAAUUAAUGGAUAAAUAUGCAGCUAAUUGGUCGGUCUUAUUGAUUGCCAUAAGUGAAUGCAUCUUAGUGGCUUGGGUUUACGGUGCGAAUCGAUUCCUUGAUGAUAUUCAGCACAUGAUUGGCCCACGUGGAAAGUGUUGGAAAUUUUUUUGGACUUGGAUGUGGAAAGUUGUUACUCCAGCAGCACUUUUUUUCAUUUUAUUCUUUAAUUGGGUCGAGUAUGAACCACUUUCCUAUGGUGCUUAUAUUUAUCCCAAGUGGGCAGAUGUGGCUGGUUGGAUAGUAGGUCUAUUGCCUGUUAUGGUUAUUGUUUUAUUUGCUAUUUUUCAAUUGACAGUUCCAAGAAAACGAUCAUCAUAUGAUAACGAUGACGACGAUGAUGAGUACGAUGAUGAAGAUGAAGUUGAUCCAAAAACGUCAUCAAGUUCAGAACGUGUUCGACGAAGACAUAAAAUUUCAGUGUGGGAAAAAGCUCGAAGACUAUUACAGCCAACUGCCGAGUGGAAACCAGCUUCACGAAAUCCUUUAACCCCUACAAGGACAAACGUUUCUAACACUCAGCCAUUAGGUCAUCAAGGUGGUUAUGAUUCAAUUCGUGAUACAAUAGUUCUUGUAAACGGUCAGCCAAUGAUGAUCCAACCAUCAAGUACUUCCGGAACAACUCAGAAACUUCCAGGUCCUUCAAUAUUAAAAAAUUCUAGUAAACCAGAUCUAAUUACCUCACAACAGGUUUGACAAAAUUUUUAGUUUUAUUUAUUUUAUUGGAGUUUCAAUCAUUUAUAGAUUGAACAUUUUUUUUUAAAAAAAAGAACCGAAUUUUAGUGCAUUAAAUGAGUUUGAUGUUAAAUAGCAAUCCAAAAUAUAUAGACAAUUGAAACAAAAAAAAAUCAUAAUGUUAAUAUUUGCCAGAUUAAUAUAUUGUCCAGGUGUUUUGCUCAUUAGAUUAUUGUAAAAUAGUUGGUGUAUUAUAUGAAGUAAAAGGAAAUUAAAAUGAUCAAUACGGUAGAAACAACAACAACAAUAAUAAUAAUAGUUUACAAUAUUAUUAUUAUUAUGAUUAAUGUUAUUUUUUUCAAUUGAAAACAUAAAUAAUUGAAUGUAAUCUAUAAAAAAAAUGUACACGAAAUGAGCAUGGCAUAUUAGCAUUAAAUAAUACAUAUACGAUAAAGAAAAAAUUAAGUCAAUAAUUUUUAAUGAUAUGACAAAUAUGAAUUAAGUACAAAUAAUUAAAAGAUAUGAUAAUUAUUAUUGUUUAAAAGAAAUAGAAUAUCCAUGAAAAUCAAAUAUUUAUUUUAAUAGACAUGCAGAAAAAAAUGAUAUUUUAUAUUAUUUUAAAAAAGAAUUGAAAAUAAAUAUCAAUAAAAAUGAAUUAAAUGAGCUCACUUAUCAAAGCAAAUCAGAAAGAAUAACAAUAUAUAAUUAUGAAUUUUAUUAUAUGGUGGAUUAUUCAGUUGAUCAACCAUGAAAAAGAAUGAUAAUAAUUCAGAGUUGUCGAAAAGUGCUUCAAGGCUAGUAAUUAAGGUAUAAAUUAAUUAUGGAAAAGAAUAUUGUAAAAAUAUAGUUUAAUAGAAUGGUAUUAUUUUUCCGUACAGUUUAAUAUCAAAUAUAUGAAAAUAUAUUUAUAAUAAAAAAAUUUAAAUACAAUAUAUCAAUAUAUUUUACAUGUGCAAUAGAUUGAUAUAAUUACAAGUUAUCGUUGUUGAAUGCUACCAAUACAAUUAUAGAUGUGUUAAGACUAAUUGAUCGAUGUAAAAAUAUCAGUAUAAAAAUAUUCUUAUAAGAGUCUUUACAAAAUAUAUAAUAUUAAAUAAACGUUGAUAUUGAGUGAUUUAAUAGAAUGAGGAGUGAAACUAACUUGUGUAUAUCAAACCACCCACAUACGAAUUAUACUGAAAUAAAACUACAAUUCAGUUAAUAUAAUCAAACCGAAAUUUAUGAUACAUUAUCAUUCUUAUGUCUAUUGUCAUUAAUUUUUGUAGGUGAUAUUUUUACAUCGGUUUUUAUAACAGCCAAGGGAAUUAUAUCAAACAUUUUUUAUAUUAUAUUUAUCGUUGUUAUUAUUAUUGAUAUUAUUGUUGUUGUUUUAAUAAACUCUAGCGGAUUUAAAUGUAUUUCUUUUUAUAUUGAUGUCUUGUAGAAGAUGUAUAAAGUUCAAUCAUCUUAUUUCAAAUGUAGAGUUUAACUUUUAGAGUGACAGUCAAACAUCAGUUCAUGUUUACAAGAACAUUGAUGUUGGUUUACUAAGUCUUUACUAUUCUUUGUCUCAUAACGUUAUUUUUAAAAGUAAGACAGUUUUAAGUAAAUAUGAUAUUAACAUGAUUGAAAUAACAUUAGGCUUGAUUUAAAAAAUCAUAAAAUAAUUUCAAAUCGAAAUACAAUGUGAAAAAAAUAACUGUUUCAUUGACACUUUAAAAAUUAAACUCAUUUGUCAUAAUCAUCAAUUAUUUUUUUAAGUGUUAUAUAUUGGUAAUAUAAAAAAUAGUCAUAAUAAAAUAGUAUUUCUGUAAUUAUUAAAAAGGAAUAUAUAAUGUAAUGUUUUAAAAGUAUUUUUAUAUUUUUUGUAGAAUUAAAUCUGCUAGGGAAGUUGAAGUGGAUAAAUUGUACUAUACAUGUUAAAAUAUAUGUUAUGAUAUUUUUGUAUUUUAUUGCAGAUUUUCUCCUGCAUCAAUUUAUUUUUAUCAUUAUUAUUCUUUAUAAUAUUUUUAUUGUGAAUUGAAUUAUUAACAUUAUAAUAGCUGUCACUAUAUUACAUUAGCUCCUGCAGAUGCUACUUAUAUGUUAUGAUUGUGUAGAAAUACUGUGGACGAUAUCAACACUAUACUCAUCAAUCGGUUGUUGUAAUAUGAUUAGCAUAAGUAUGCGGAUAUGUAUAGUACAAUUAUGAAGAUGAAUAAAAAAAGAUCAUUAAAUCGCCAACGUCUAUCAAACUAAUUAAUAUUAAUAGAGAAAUUAGUAACAUUCUUCAAAGAUUUACUUUUAAGCACUGAAUAAUUUAUUUUUUUAAUUAAAACGUCAACCCUUAUUUUAUAUUAAUGUUAAUUAAAUAAAAGUUAUAAUUAUACAUUAAAAAAAAUUUUUUUUUAAUUUUUGUAUUAAGGCUUUUGUAAUUGUUGAACUUUAUGGAGAAAAAGUUAAUAUUAUUUAUUUUAAUAUAAAUAUCGAAAAAUGAACAUGACUGGUGAUGAGUUUGUGAAAGAGGUAGAGUUGAUAACUGAUUACUCUUCUUAAGUAUUAUAAAUACUUUUAUAGAGUUAAACUCUGUGAAAAGUUGUAGUACACUUCAUCUAAAUUUGUUAAAAAUUUUAUUCUUUACAAAAUAUUAACAAAAGAACUCGUUAUCCAAUUAUAUGAAUUAUACAAGUUUUAUAAAAAUAAUUAUAUUGGCCCCGAGG